CCCGCGCCCGGGCGGGGGCUGCCCGCGGCGCCGGGGCCACACAAAGCGGCGAGCGGCGGUGCCUCCGCGCCGGCCAUGGAGCCGCCCGUGCCGCCUCAGGAGCAGCCGCCGCGCCCGCGCUCGCACACGGUCACCACCACCAGCAGCUCCUUCACCGCCAACCUGUCGGCCAGCUCCAGCACCCUCGCCUACGACAGGGAGUUCCUGCGCACCGUGCCCGGGCUCCUCAUGGUGACCGAGAUUGUAUUGGGGCUGCUGGUGUGGACCCUGAUCGCUGGAACAGAAUACUUUCUAUACCCAGCCUUUGGCUGGGUGAUGUUUGUGGCUGUGUUUUACUGGGUUCUCACCGUCUUCUUUCUGAUCAUCUACAUGACAAUGACCUACACCAGGAUCCCGCAGGUGCCAUGGACCAUGGUGGGUCUGUGUUUUAAUGGAAGUGCCUUUGUUUUGUAUCUCAUUGCUGCCAUUGUGGACGCAUCUUCAGUUACCAAAGACCUGGACAAUCACAAUUACAACAGCUGGGCAGCUUCUUCAUUCUUUGCCUUCGUGGUUACCUCCUGCUAUGCUGGAAAUACAUAUUUUAGCUUUAUAUCUUGGCGAUCACGAACUUUGCAGUAAAUACUUUGUUAAAGUGAAUUCUGUAGUGUAAAGCACCUUGAGGAUUAUCCACUUUUGAUAAAAGCUUGGAAGAGGGAUGAGGUAUUUUUGAACAUUUCUGUUAGAAUUGACACUAUAUAAACUGAGAUCAAAUUAUUAUUUAUAAUAAUGCCAUCUUUAGAGACAUUUAACCCUGACUUUGUACUAUAUAAUAAAAUUUCAUACUGCUUCUUUUAAAAUUAACAUGGUAUUUUUCUAGAUGUUGUGUAGUUGUUACUACUAAACUUUAAUAAAUCUUAUUCAAUGUGCCACAUUUGUAAAUGUAACUUUUUAAAUGUUACAGGUAUACUUUUGAUACUGAAUGCUACCAAAACUAAGAUUGAUAUUGUAUAAUUAUUGUGUGAAAAGUGACAUUGUGCAGAAAAAACACCUGAAAGUUAAAGAAAAUAAUAAAUAAAUGAUCCAACUGUACACAUUUUGUAAACUGGCAGUAGAAGGUUGCUUUUUUAAUUUCUUUUUCAGGGUUUAAUAUAUACUACCAACAAUUCUGAUGAUCCUGUCAGUGCUAAAUCUAACAGCUUCUCACAUUGCAAGGUGGCUUUUGGAACCUGUUCCUGUAGGUCUGAAGCUCAGGUCCAAAGCUGAAGAAACCUUGUGCCUGGAACACAUUAUCUUCACAGGUUUCUCAGAUGCAACUGGCUCCAAAGCACGAGCCCAGGCAGCACCCCCUUAGUGCUCGGUGCUUAACCUUACUGAGGGUGUCACAAAUCUCUGCCUAAAGGUAAAGAAACUUCUUGUUUCUCAGCAGAUUGUGCUUGUUUGGGUUUUCUUCUCCUCAGAGUCUUUAAUCUCUCUUAGUAAAAUCUGAGCUUCUAAAUCCUAUUAAAUGAUAUAAAGAUUAAAGCUACAGAAGAAUUGUCAGGACACCAGUGCUACAAGCAAGGAAUUUCCUCCCUCCUUUACUGUCUACUGGCAUCAUCUCUAACUUGUUAGUUUAACAAAUGAAGCUGGUAUUCCUAUUUAAAUAACUUUGAAUCGAGCAGUAGUAUGACACAAUAUGACUUUCAAAGCAGAUACCUUUGAAAAUUACUUUCAAAUACAAAUUACCUAAGGAUUUUUUUUUUCCAGGAACUACAUGGUAAGUGAAAGCUUGUGAUUAUUUUAUGAUGUUAUUUAAAGUUUUCCUCAUUUAAAACUACUGGAGAAGCUUUUAUUCUUGGAUUAAGAAGAUUUGAACUCCUUUCUAGUCUUCAAAAGCUUAUUUGGUUAAUAAUAUAUGGUAGUAGAGAAACCUUACUGCUUAAAAAAACCCUCCUUUAUCUCUCCUUGUAACUAAAUGGUGUAUGGUUACUUACAUAUGUGCCUUGCAGAAGAUUUAUCAGCAGACAGCUAAUUCCCUUCUCAGUCACAUGGUUUUCUUCUUGAUUAUCUGUCAGUCAUAAGAUUUCAGUGUAAGGGAAGCCAAGAUAUUAUUUAAAAACUUAUACUUGUCUGCAAAUUGCAUUUGGCCUACACAACAUAGGUCAGACUUUCUGCUGGUUGCUAAAUUUAUCCAGUUGUGAGAAGGAAGAAUGGCUACCAACUCUGCAUUUUAUCUCCACAGAUAAAAUGUGUCAUUAAAAUCCUGUAUGCUCUUUUCCAUCACUGGGAAAAAAAGAAAAAAAAAAAGAAUCAAAGGCAUUGAAAUGAUCCAAGUGCCAAGUGAUAAAGUGUGACUAGAAAUAUAGCUGGAAUUAAAAUUUCAUCCGAGAUUUCUUAUCAGUAAAAAAGCUUCUGUGGUAAUAGAAAGUCUUUCUUAAUUGAUAUUUUAUGGAUCUAUUUCAACUCCAAAGGAUGUGACUGUGUUUGCACAAACAUUUCAAGAUUUUGUAGUAACUGCAAUGGUCCAGUCUAAACUCAAAACCCUCUGUCUCAUUUGUGGGCAGAGGUAAUAAGAGGGAGUAGAGCUUAGAGGAAGUUCUGUUUCAUCCAGUUUACCUAAAACUGUCAUGGCAACUGUGUUACAUGUCAGAGUAAGCCCUUUAAUGUAAGAUAAAAGCAGAUAAGUAGUGAUUCUGGCAAAAUAUCUGCAUGCUCUCUGAAACUUCAGUGCUCAUCCUCAAGGGAAAAUCUGCAGAAUGACUUCCCAAGACAAAUCUGUGAGUUGAAUCCUUAAUUCUGAAUUAAAUUUU